ACCGUAAACAAAUGUGAGUCGAUUGAAGGAACGAUUUCAAUUUGGUGCCGGUUCGGGUUGGAAAGCUGUGUGCAGUGCCCGUAAAAUUAAUUAACAUGUCACGAGUUGACCAUAGCUGUUGGCGUUGAAUACUCCGUGGCUGGUAAGGAGGCGUGCAGCUGCUGAUCAAUUGACCGGUUGACUUGUUCACGUAACCUGUAGAACCGUUUCCAUGGAUGCCACCGUGGACCCGGACCUUAGCCGGAAGUUAAUCGAUUUAUCCAUCAACUAAAGCGACGCAGAAUCGAGGAAAUCUGUCGUUCCAUGCAAGCUUCUACAGGCGCUCUCUGCCUGUGCGUCUGGAUACAAUGAGGCUAGCCGGGCAUGGCCAAUGACGACGAUUACGACUUCUCCGGCGUGUCACAGCCCGGCCCCUUCGACAUCGAAUCUGCCGUGCUCUCACAAUGGAGGGCACAAAACGACGACGAAGAGGACGACGAUUAUUCCUAUUUUUGGCCGGACCAGCUCCCAUAUGACAUCGAGGAAAAGCUGCGCGAAAUCAACAAGGUUCACCAAGAAGACGAGACCCCCAUAGAAAGCGACCGACCACGAAAGAUAACGUUCAACUCGCGUGUGCAGAUGCGGGCGAUUUCAAUGCGACGCAUCCCGCCGCCAGCCGAAAACACUAGUGACGAGCCGUUCGAUUUGAGCAAGUACGAUACUGAUGAAAGUGUCGAUGAUGUGGAGACGUCGAUCACGACGCCUCGCGAGUCGGCCAAGGCGGCCGUGACGGUGCCGCAGAGCCCGGCGCGACCGCUGCCGGUGCCGACGCCGUCCUCCUCGCGCGGCCCGGCCGCCGCCGCCGCCGGACCGGCCGCCCAGCAGCGGCAGCGCUUCGCCAACAAGACGGCUGUGUCGCGAGUCGGCCAGGGUCCGCCCAAGUCGGCCGGCGGCCUGGCCACCAGCGGUUUCACAGCCAAGGGAGAGUCCGGGUCGGCCGGCCCGGCCAGGCGGGGUUUUAGCGAGUCACAAAAUUUCCAGUUGUCUGACGGCCUGGCCUCCGAUAGGCUGUCUGUUCUGUCACUGACGGACGAUGAUGAUGACUGCGUGGUCGGUGUGGUGAGCUCGGAUACGGGAUACAGUAGCGGUGGGACGCCAGCCGGGGACGCUCCGCCGCAGCGGCCAGAGUCCGCGGCAGGGCGGCAGCAGGCGCCGCCGGCCGCAACGAGCUGCGUAAAGGCAGCAACGAGCGUAGCACUGCCCAGCGUAACGGCCGGAGGUGCAGCGACCAAAUCAGUGUCUGCAUCAGCGCCCCAGCCAGUAUCUCCACCGGCCGCAACGCCAACAACAUGCACGGCGGCAUCUGUGUCGGCACCGGUCUCCCGGCCAGUAUCCCUCGCCGUCACUAGGCCGGCAGCGGCAGUGACCACAGCGUCCAGGUCGGCUACCACAGCUGUGUCUUCUGGUAAGGUGGCGGCUUCUGUGUCACCUCCCAGCACGGCAUCGGUAUCAACAACUUUGUCCCGGUCGGCGCCGUGCCUGGUGUCACCGUCUCAGCCUUCAGUGGCCACGGUGACUGCCUCGGUGUCUAAGAGUGUGCCGCACACGGAGUCAAAUCCUGGGCCGGCGCCAGUCCGUGUAUCGCCGGCGCCGGUCCGUGAAUCGCCGCCGCCGGUCCACACGUCGCCGGCGCCGGUCCGUGUAUCGCCGGCUCCGGCCCGUGUAUCGCCGGCUCCGGCCCGUGUAUCGCCGGCGCUGGCCCAUGUAUCGCCGGCGCCGGUCCGUGUGACGAUGCCGUCGUCCCGCUCUGCGACCCAGAGCCGCGAGCCCUCUGCUGAACAGCCUUCGCGCCCGGCUGAGGAACCCGCGGAUGACGACCUGCCCGAGACCAUCAGGAAGAUCUGGCCUCAGGUGGCCACCCCAACGGAAGCGUACCGGCCGUCUUGGAACGAACCCGCAAAGAAAUCGCUAGCCAACGGCAAAACUCCUACUAUGCAUACCUCCAGCAGUCAAACCUCUAACCUGAACGAAAGUCCUAGUGGGAAAAUGAGUGAUGCUGCUCAAGUAAAUGGCUGUGAGGACGAUGAAUCGAAGAAAACAACGAAAGCAUGUGUGUGCAAGACUCGGACUGAUAAGCUAUGUCACUGUAAGGGCGAUCCGUCUACACCCAGCUGUGGGACCUGUGGUGGUGUGAGGACGGCGCUGUCGAAUGGCGGUAGAUCCGAGGACAGCGCAGUGGACUCGAUGACCGAGCCGACCAGCUCCAGCACAGACGGCUCGGUGGGCGGCGCCGCCGAGCCGAGCCGGUCGGCACCGGAGCAGUCGUACGCCGCCAUACACCUGCCGGCGCAGGUGGACAGGCGCGCCGCCCAGCCGCCACAGCCGCCGCAGCCGCCGCCGCUGCGCAGGCACGACUUCACCAUAACCAGGAGCCCCCAGUCUGCAGUGGGACGGCCGCGCCUGUCGCGCUCGUCGAGUGCCGGCCGUCCGGCCAGCAGUGCCGGCUGCCCGCCGCGGCCGCGCGCCUCAGCCAGCGCUGACCGUCCGGCGACCAGCGGCGCUCACCAGCGGCCGGCCGGCGGCUCACCUGACCGGGCCGCCGCUGCCCGACCCCGCUCCGCCCCAGUCAGAGGCACCGUGUCGGCACCGACCCUGCCGCGGCGCCAGCCGGCGGCGCAGAGGACGGGCCGGCAGACGGCAGUACCGCCGGCCGGCACCAGCCCUCCGCCGCGCCGACGCCGAGCCCGCUCCCAGGAUCCGACGCUCACCUUCCAGGAGUGGCUGCAGCAGCACGAGCGGGAGCGGGCCAAGGCCAUCCAGGACAGGAAGAACAACGCCAGAAAACGCAAACAGGAGGCCAACAUCAAACAGGAGAAGGCACCGCAGGCGUUCCGCGUGUGGCUGCGUAAGAAGCGCCAGCAGCAGCUGAUGGAGCAGCGCGUGCAGCAGCUGCGGCAGCACGAGAUGCUGGCGGCGGCCGCCGCGGCGCCUCCGGGCCGCCACCAGCAGGACGCGUUCCGACAGUGGCUGGCUCGCAAACAGCGCGAGCGGCUGGCGGCGGGCCUGGGCCCGUCGCAGGCCACUCUGCGCUCCCUGUCGGCCCUGUACCGGGUGGGCCGCCCGCGCCCGCCCAGCGGCGCCCGGCCUCCGACCGCCCCCGCUGUCGCCGGCGACCGAGCCACGCCGCACACUCACCUACAGCACAUCUACGGGCCGAACGUGGGGCGCGGCCACCGGUGCCGGCCGGCCUGUCUGCCCGGCACCUGAGGGCCGGCUGUGCUGCCGGCUGUGAUCCUACCACCACGCGGCACCGCGCCUCUGGCUGCCCGCGCUGCCCCGACCGUGACCCAUCUCUCGGACCCGGAGCACCCGCCGUCCAACGGUAAACCUAUCCACCCGCGGCGGAACGAACCUGGCCGUGCCCGCCGCCGAGCGGUGCGCUGGGGAACAGACACAGCGGCUCUGUGUGACCACACGAAUCGUGCAAUCAAAUACACCGGAGUGAACGAUACCCGAAAAA